AGAGAGAGACCGGCAGAGCUGAGAGUGAGAGGCACUGAGGAGGGAACACACACACUUUUACCGACUCUUAAACACACACACAGAGACUCAGACACACACUCACACAGACAAAGACAAGUGGCCUAUUGUACACACACACACACACAAACACGGUUGUUGAUCACUUACAGACACACACACACCCUCAUAAGAACACACACACACUCUUCGCUGGACUCUGGACUGACCACUUGAGGAUACAUCCCUCAGGAAUCUGUUUCCCAUCAUGCACCAGCGGAGCCUCUCAGAGCUCCAGGGGGUCUCUACACAGCGGGGGGCCUCGACCCGACGGACUACCCAGGAUCGAGCCUCGAGGAGCUCCAGGCUGCUGAGUAGGGGGUCCAUGCGCCGCUGCCUCUGCCCGCCAAGGGGAGCUCCUCUCUGGGCAUGGCUGCUGCUGAGCGCCCUGGUGGUUCCCGGAGCCUGGAGCUUUCUGAGCGAGGAGCAGGAGGAGCUGCUGGUGGAGCUUCACAACCACUACAGGGGACUGGUUUCGCCCAGCGCCUCGGCCAUGCUGCCUCUGAAAUGGGAUCCGAACCUGAAGUUGCUCGCAGAGAGCUACGCCACCAAAUGUGUGUGGAACCACAACCCACAACUGAAGGACACCGGAGAGAAUCUGUUCGCCGGCACCGGGCCUCUGGACCUCAGAGAGGCUCUGGAGAAAUGGUUCCUGGAGCACCUGGACUACGACUUCCACAACAACAGCUGUGACGAAGACAAGAUGUGUGGACACUACACACAGAUGGUGUGGGCAGACACACACAGAGUCGGCUGUGCCUUCCAUCUCUGUAACAGUAUGGAGGGACUGGAUUGGGAGAGAGCCUCCUUUCUCGUCUGCAACUACUAUCCAGCAGGGAACUAUGAAGAUGAGAGGCCGUAUGUAGAGGGUGACUGGUGCUCAAGAUGUCCUGAAAACCUGCAGAAAUGUGAAAACAACCUGUGUGUUGCUGACACUGUGGAGGAGGAAGAUGAAGACGAGUGGUGGUCAACUGCUCUUCCUACAGCAACGUCCGAUGACUCCCUUCAGUUUGUACAGGAGGAAAAUGAGGAGGAGAGGGUCGUUCCUCCUCCGAGAACAACUGAUGUCCAGCCCGCGACCACCUCCACCUCUGCAUUGGACUCUGAGGACAUGAUUGUACCAGACACCCCUGCCCCGGGCACGAACCCUCCAGAACUGCCCUCAGCAACCCUGGGAGAGGAGAAAAAGGUUGGAGAGAAGAUGGAGGAGGAGGAGAAGAAAGAGGAGGAGGGGGAGGAGGGAAAGGACACUAUGGAUAAGCCGGAGGGAGAAAGGGAAAAAGACAUCGCACGAAAAAGACACCAGAGCGUGGAAGUUAAUAACAAUGCUGGUUUAGUAUCAUCACUUUCCCUCCUUUUAGCCUGUCUGACUGGGAUCCUGACUCUGAGGCUGUGAGGGUGAAGAGGAGGAAGAGGAGGAAGAGGAGAAGAAAGAGGAGAAAAGAGGAGACAAUAUGUUCACCUCACCUCACCACUCUUGCAUUGACUGCACAUUACCUUGUUAAUCCGCCCUGUGGUAACAAACAGUCCCCCCCCCCCUCCCCUGCAGAGCAAAAUGGGUCAAUUAAUAAUUCACACUCAUCAGAAACAAACAGCUGCCAUUUUCACAACAUCUGCACGUAGUCUGGACUCACAUCUGGGUCACAUAAUGUUUUAUAACCUGCUUCAACCUGCCUGGAACACAAAACACUUGAUUGCCACUAAGUUAAAGUCACUCACAACUACUAAGUAUGUUGUUUUCAUGUAGAAGAAACAUACUGACAUCUAAGAAACAAUUGAAAAACAACACAACUGUAUUUGAGGGAAAAACUACUUAUUGAUGAACAUGGGAUUUAUGAGGUGAAGCACGAUGUGAUUCUGACCUUAUUCACUUUGAUGAGACGAUCGUGAGAUGAGAAAGUCAAUAUCAGUCUCAUAUCUAUUAAGAUGGAGUCAGGACGUGGUUAGCUUAUCUUAUCUUAUCUUACCUUAGCUUAGCUUAGCUUAGCUUAACGUAAAUACUGGAAGCAGCUAGCCUGAUUCUGUCCACCUACCAGCACCUCUGAAGCUCACUGACUAACAUGUUGUAUCUUGAGACUGUCCUCCUGUUAAAAGUCCAUAGGUCAUCUGUGCAGCAGGUAAUUAUGACCCAUAGUUAAGUUUUGUUGCUAGGCGACAUCUAGUGGUCGUAGUAAUUAUGACAGGAGCAAAGCUAAAAGUGCGGUGACGUAGUACGAAAAGAAACAAAGUCCAUGUCAGGAGGAGGUUGUGGUGGAUGGAUGAGUUAACAAAACACAGGAAUAUGCCACAGGAGAGCGGUGUUUGAUUCCCAUGUGAAACUACCAGUUUAUGUUGUAACCAUGACAACAAAGAUCGUCUAAUGUUGAGGAAGCACUUAUUUUAACCCAAACCAUGAUCUUUUACUAAACCCAACCAAGCCAUGACCGUUAUUAUAGUAACCAUGGCGAGGGAAGUAGGAACGCCACUCUCUGUACAGUCCGAGUGUUUAUUAUUGUAACCAUGACAACUGAGGUCUGGUGCGCCUCCCCCUCCUCCUCCUCCCCCUGAGGUUCAGAUUAACCCUUUAUUUGCUGCUCUUCACACUUCACACCACGUCCUAACUCCAGUUUUGUGCUGAACUCACAGACAUGAGACUGAAGUCCACCUGAACACAUGCUCUCAUAAAGAAAGUCAAAUUCUUUCCCAAAAUGUUGAACUAUUCCUUUAACUUGAACCUUAGUUUUAUUAGCUCUGUCUGUUUUAUGAUGAUAACUUGCUUUUAUACAUGUUCUUAGAAGCUUUACAAACAUUGCUUUUAGAUAAGUGCUAUAUUAGUAAAGAUUAUUGUCAUGAAUCACGAUCCUCAUAGUGUAACUUAAUUAUUUAAAUAACACAAACAUCCCUUAAAAACAGCUGCAAAAUACCUGAAUAAUCUCUCCACUUCUCUUCCACAAGUUUCAUACCUUAAUAUUUCUUUAAAUUGCGAGUUUGGGUGGGGGGCUUUUACCUUACAUAAUAUAAUACACUGCAUUUACUUUAUGUUUUUAUAACAACUGAAGGAAUGUUCUGAUAUUUUGGGAAAUUUUCUAAUUUGCUGUAGCUUCAAUUAUCUUGAGAGAGAGGUUAAAACCCCGCCUUCUUUCGCACCUCAACACCUGACCAAUCACUGUGUUAAGUGGGUGCGGUUGUCACCUGUUUCGGGGAGUUACAACCUCCAAACACCACCAUCAGAAAGGGGCUGUUAGAUGACUCCUUUGUUAGAAGCUUAGUGAGGCCUUUGACUUCCCUUGUACAAGACUAGGGUCAGACGGCAGCCCAGCUCUGUCACAACUGCCUCCUAACAACUGUGGUCUUGGCAGCUGUCAGUGAGAACAACACCAGGCCUGUUGGAAUGAAACAAGAUUGAAGAUGGGUUGUGAUCCAGAGAUCUCAAACCAGGCUAGCUGUUUCCCCUUGCCUCCAGUUUUUGUGCUAAGCUAGGCUAGUCAUAUACCAUGUGUGGUAUACACAUUCCUCUGAACUGUAGCACAUACAGAUAGUAUUUCUUUCAUGUGGGAGCAGAAGCAACAUUUAGAUAAGUUCACCCGUGACUGUAAGGAGCCCAUGUUACCUAAAAUUUACCUAUAAUUAAACAUUUGUGUGAAAUUUUGUCAUAAUUGCUGUGAGAAGUCUUGAGUAAUGGCUAAAAAGUGUUUUGGUCAUCUUGACCUUGACCUUUGACCUUUGAACCCCAAAGUCUAAUCAGUUCGUACUUGAGUCUAAGGGAAGGUUUUUAGCAAAUUUGAAGAAAUUGCCUCAAGGAGAUAUUGUGUUCACAAGGCCAAAACCAUGUUUUGUGAGGUCACCACAACAUUGACCUUUGACCCAAAAUCUAAUCAGCUCAUCCUUGAGUCCUAGUGAAUGUUUGUACCAAAUUUGAAGAAGUUCCCGAAAUAUCGCGUCCACGAGAAUGAGACGGAUGGACAACCUGAAAACAAUAUGCCAGUGCGGACGCAUUAACAGUAUUAUUUGUUUGUGACUUUAAUUUGGUCGGAGCUCCGUGAAUAUACUCAACUAUCUGUGAUAUCAGAGACCCAGAGCCGUGCUUCCUUUGUGCUGAAAACCAAAACGGGUUGAAGUGCUGUGAAGAGAUGCCCUCUCAGAUCUGUCAGUGGAUCCUUAGUAUCUACAGGGUGAAGGCAGCGUAAAGAUCUAAAUAUACAGUUUCAUCUCACGUAUAAAAACCACUGUAAAGAUCAAGUCAAACCAAAGGAGUGGGAGCUGUUUUUAUAGUGUUUUUAGUGUUAAGUAAAUGCAGGAGAAAUGACUGCUGAACAGUCUUUUUGUGUUUCAAACUGACGACCCUGCUUCUUCUUUGAUGUCUUUCACAAAUAUAUAUCUACUCUGUAUACGCUCUCAGACUGGAACUACAACUGGACAGAGUCUCUAAUAAUUUACAUAUCUCUGUUACACUGUCUUAGUCAGCAGGACAUUACCAUAACUAUCUUCAGUAACUUUAGCAAAGAUUGCUGUAAAUGUCUGUAUAUAAGAUUAAUAAUGAAAUAAACCUUAUUUCUCCUUUUUGAAAAUA